AGCCAGUAAAGUUACGUCAUCGGAAACGAAAUGCGGGACCAGGUAAGCAAAGAAUUUUUAAUUUAUCUGUGAGCCGCGUUUUCUGACUAUUUUUUUUUUCUUCCUUCUUGGUGUUGUAUCCUACAAUGUCGCUUUUAUCUCAAUUCAGCAAGCUCUCUCUCAAGACGCCUCAUGCUUCUUUUCAACGAACCUUUGUCGCUGUAAAGCAAUUGCGUCCUACCAAAUUUACCAGCAUUUUGGCCGAUGUCCCUGUUCGACCGCGUUCUGCAUGGCAACUGUAUUUGGCUGAAAACAUGUCCCACUUUAAAAAUGGAAGUGGCAAAAUCGAAGCCCAAGAAGCCACGCGACAGUUGGGUCCCAAGUGGAAAAGCUUGCCUGACCAUGAAAAAAAGAUUUAUGAAGAAAAGUAUAAAAAAGCUGUGCAGGAUCACGAAAUGGCGUUGAAGAAGGCUUUGGAUAAUGCUACCCCUCAACAAUUUUACGACGAAAAUUUGCUCAGAAGAAAGUACAAAUUGCCAUUACUGAAAGAUCCCAAAUCUCCCAAACGACCCAAGAACGGUUAUUUGUUCUACAUGGAACAUUUGCGCCAGAAUGGUCCCGAGGAUUUCAAACAGGCUUUGCCCAUGGAACAAUCGACGAGCGGAUCAAAGAUGUACAGAAGUUUGACCACCGCAGAAAAGAAGCCUUUCGAUGACAUGGCCAAAAAGGCUUGGGAAGAAUACGCACGAGAAGCAGAGAAAUACCACGCUCAGAUCCAAACCAGACCAUUGCCGAAAUCCUCAAAGAACACGACCGCAAAGCAAGCCACCACCAAAAAAUCGUCCGUUUCCCAGCAUUAAAGUUCGUUUUAUGUAAUGUUCACUAUUACAACAAGAAAUAAAUAGUGGCUGAAUCCUGCAAAUCUGUUAAACGAAAGCAUAUACGAUCGACGAGCGCAAAAGGCACAACAGCAGACAAAAAGCGAUUUGUACUGGGUCAGGAAUUCAAUAGCUAUCUCGCGUCUACAUGUGGCACCAGCAGAUGUUUUCUUAUAAUGCAUAUCCUCCAUGACCGUUAUUUUAGUUUUCGCAUAUGUUGUCCGAGUUGUUCCUACGUUUAUGCAAAAGUCAACAUUCUUGAGUAACGCUAUAGUGUUUCGUCUAAAUUAGCAUAGGAAUACUACUUAUAUCAUUACAGACAGCCGAUGCCUACAGAGAGAAUAGUUCAAAAAAUAUAGUGAACUGGCGUUGAGAAGGAAUCCAUGAACCGUUACUCAUGCCAGGUCUUGCAUUUUAUAAA